GACACAUAGGAGUCCUUUUUCUUGCCCUCAACGAAAACUCUCGAUGUAGUGCAGGGGAUAUUAGAUGUAGUAUGAGUAUCGGGCCAAAAUCAGCCCAGAACCGCUUCACAAACCAAGUUUAUUUUACAAGAUUAUUUAAGAUUUGAAAAUAGUGUCCACAAUUUCUAAUCCGGAAAGUAGAAGUCUCUACAGGAGCUACAGGCGAGCUGCUGACGUCAACAUCUUUUUCCGAAGUUUUUACUCUUUACUUUCAAAGUUUCCAGUUCCAAGAAAACAACAAAGCCUACCAGUUUUAACAUUUUAUGCGAGUUUAGAGUCAAGAGUACCAAAUAUAUGCGAGUUUUUUGAUUCCCGUUGAACGUGUGAUAUUUUCCAGCGCACUGCUAGUCUAUUCUUCCUACCUACUUACUUGCUUGUUCUACGGGUGAAGUAGAAGCCGGGGCUUCAAUCUUCAAAUCGUAAUAUCACUUGGAGAACAAAAGAACUAUUACUAUUUCAAUUGAUUAUUUCCGAUUUCGCGCUUACUACUUUUUUUUUCUGUUCUUGUUUUUCUGGCGUAGGUAACCUUGCUUUAUCUUUCCAGUUACGACGGGCCGGCUGCUGCAAUCCUUCUGCUCUUGGCUCCUGCAAUCGGGAGGAAGAGCCACGUCGUCGUGGUCACCAGGUAGACCUACCGCAGGGGAAAUAAAACAAAAAUGGUGAGUACUGUCAGCGACAGGAAGAGCCUCACCACCGCUAGCUCCACUACGACAAGCAGCAGCACGUCGACCGGAUUGAAGAGCCCCAUGAACAAUCUGAAACAGGAAGGCAGCUGCUACAGGAGCCCAAGAACAACUACGAGCUGCACCACUCCGCGCGGGGGCGGCGUGGAGCUGCAUCAAGAUGGUCCUGCUCGCCCGCGCGCGGAGUCCGACAGUCUGUACGUGGACGCUUUUGACGAUGUGCUCUUAGAGGAUGUGCCGGUCGCCUGCUCGGAAAAACUCCGCAUCUCAUCAACCGGUUCAUCUUCGCACCCCGACCAUUCUAUCCCACUGAAAAAGACAGGCAGGUCAUAUUUCUAAAUGCAAAAGUAUAAGUUUAGCAGAUUUAUUUCUCCUGUCAUGGGCGCCGGACCCACAGUGUGCCAUUUGGGAUAUGCAGUACAGAUUUUUUCGUGUACUUCUUAUUUUUGCAUAAUACGAGGAUGCCCUGCCCCUGCCUGUCUUUUUCUGUGGGAUACACAACUCGAGUUCUUGUGUCAGCGGGUCCUCUUCCAGUUUUGACGAGUUCCUAGACGUCGAGGUCGCUUCGACGUCGGGCGUUGAAGUUGUACUAGAGACGGCUCUAUGCAUUGCAAAUAUGUCUGGGUCGGGAGGAAACUUGUGACGCUAGUUUGUGAAUUUUGGGCGCACUUCGUUACGCAACCACGCAUGACAAGUUUUUGUGCUCCUAUGUGUCUUUCUUCCCGCAUGACAGCUCAACAUGCAUUACAGACCUAAGAGUCAUGUGAGACAAGCACGACAAACUCGCAUUCCUCUAGACCCAGACAUAUUUGCAAUGCAUAGGCUCCCGGUCAUGAAGUAGCUUUUGAAGAAGAUUAUGAUGAUCAGAACGACAACUACGGAAACAAGAUGAGCAUGAUGAACUUCUCAUCUACGACCUCCUGGGGUCCGUCCUCUCCGGGCGACUUCUCGGGUACUAGCUCCAACGUGACGGGAGUCAGUACUGCAUCAACUACCAGUGCAGCUGGUGAAGUAACGACAAACGAGAUUACUUCUUUAGUUCCUCUAGCUGGCGAAGGUUUAUUCUUGCCGGAAGAUGCUGGAGAUGAUGAUGAACUACAGGUACUACAGGACGACAGCAAGAAAGUACUACAAGAACGUGAUCAAGAACAUGUAGUUGCACAGCACGAGCCUGUGAAGAUGAACAACACCACGACCAAGAAUUAUAAGGCGUCCUCUUCGUCCUUCUUUUCCCAAAUGACACGAUCCAUCUGGGGUUCGUUCGCGAGUUCAUCUCCGACCGCUGGUGCAGCAGCAGUAUCAAUAAACGAAGGCAGCGAAGAAGUAGAUCUUGGCGGGGGUGGUCGUGCUGGGGCUACCGCGAAAGGAACAAACUGCGAACAACUAGUACAACAACCGGGCCGCUCGUUCGGUGGGCCGCGAUAUGGUACUGAGUCUGAUUUUUCACGUUCAAACAUUUUGAAAGCCCAUCGAAAAAUUCUAAGGGCGACGGCCUUCCACGGCAGAAGAACGAAGCUUGCGGCGUUAUUUCCAUAGUUUGCGGGGGAUGGGGUUCGUUGGGGUCGGGAUUCGCAGCCGGAAUUAUAUUCAUAUAUUGGGCGGGGGGGGGUUGGGUUUUAUUUGACGCGGUGGGGCUUUAACAAAAACGGAAAAAUGAAGAUACGGCACAAACCUCAGCAUGCAAAAACGUCACUCACGCAGCUGCUGUGUCGACCCAACUAGAAAUGCGUGCUGAGCACACAUUUCUAGUCGGGUCGUCAGUGUCGGGCUAUCAAGCUCCGACCCUCUUCAAAAGAAGAUCAGUAGAGCCUAGCGCCCCCCAAAAAGAACAACCAAUUGCGUUUCCGGACACAAAACUGGUAUCGCCAUUGUUAGCAAGAUCAAAUUUACUACAGGAACAGCACUACAUGUAGGAUCAAAAGUAGAAACUAUGUUGAAGAUCCGCUCACCGUGCAGCUUUUUUUUGAUACGAUCCGAUCUGAAACUAGACGUAGCAUGCACAACAUAGAAGAAGAGCUCCCUGGUCAGCUCCCAAUAGCAGAUAGCAAAUUUGUGUGGAGAUUUAUAUCACCACCUGAUCUAACCAUUGAUAGGAUCUAAAACUACUUUGCGAGUAGAUCUAGUUUGGUAAAGUGUUAGUGUUCCUGGGAAGGAAUUUUUGCUCUAUUCUUUGAUACCGCUGUUCCCUCUGCCUAGUGCUGCUUUGAAGCAAGCCCGCGCUUCCUCGAUCCUUCCGCAGCCAGCUAUGUUCUGUAUGAAAAUCAAUGUUCAGAGCUCUUUGUUUUCCAGCCGAGGCCAUGAAGUCGCCACUUUUUUUUUUAUUUCGCCUCAACAAAAUUGAUUUUUCCACAGCGAUAAUUCAGGAUCUGUUUUAGGUAUUUUCCGUAGUAUCUAUGGGACAUCGUGGUUACGCGCUUAGAAUUUCACCCUCAAGAAAACAGUACGAAUACUAGCUGCCUUUCAUCGCUCUGCUUUUUGUGUAUAAUAAAUAAUUUUCGAAAGCCUAAGCCAGGACUUUACUUUAUACUCCUUGUACAAAUUACGACUUUUUUAAAUGCUCCACUAGUGUCAAUUGAAAAUAUACACCGAAAUAAGAUAGUAUCGACGUAGAUCCAUAAUAAAUAGUACUUACAGCCCGGCUCUUCUGUGUCAAGAAGAGGUAGCCGCAAUAUUAGCUGCUCGAAGAAAUCGCACUCCCUUUCUGUACUUGUGUAGUACGCACCAAGUUUACAAUUUAUAACCCCUACUGCUACUUCUAUUAGCCUGCGACUGCGAGGGUAGUCGGCAUAGGAAAGAACGCAAACUAUAGCUGGGAAACAUUUGAUGUGAGAAAAUUCAAUAGAGUUCUACAUGUAACGAUGAGUAAUAGUGGAUAUAGUUUUAUGCGUAGUACCCCCAUAGUUAGAGAAACCCUUCGAACAACACGCGCUUGUGUCUGUUCACCAUAAUUAUCGACUCUGUUUCGUGUUUGUUGCUUAACUCAAUGAGAGCAGGCACUAGCACUUUAGAAGAUACUGACCGGUGCUAAGGACCAUCACGCUCACGAAAAAAAGACUCUAGGUUAUUUCUAGGCUAUCAGAAGCCUGCUCAAGGAGGAUCAUGGUUCAGCAUAGUAUAUUCGUGGAGGUCUGACGGCUGCUCACAUCAGCAUAGGUAUUUUUUUUUGUCCAUAGAAACAUGUAGCAAAGGCAAACCCAUAUGAUUCUACCAUCAGUAUGAGAGAGGCUCCAGAACAGCUACGAUCUAAACAGAAUAUCGAUUGAGAUAGUAAAAGCCGGGAAAAAUAAUAAGUGCCAUUUGUUCGAGUACACCUGUAUGAUUUGUUUUCAGCAUCACAAAUAGUACAACGCCAGGCUUUUCUUAUCAACUUAGUUUUUACCAAGUUCUUUCCGGCCACACAAAGUGGACCAAAUUAGUGUGAAGAAUAUAAAUAUAUAUUUUUAUGACAUUCAUCGCCGUCUGUCACGGCCGCCUUUUUCUCCGGCUAGCUUUGCCUGCGACGAAGGAUCACCGCCAAUUGGAACGUUUACAGACUCAAGAGCGUUCAACCCUAUUUGGCGAACAAGUGUUGUAGUAGUGAACCACACGACCUCAACCAUCGAAAAACCAUCAACACCCUCACCAUAAAAACAUCCCCAUUUGACAAAAACUUUAGCAACUGUGAGAGAUGAGGAGAUGGAGAGCAACUAGUACAGUUGGAAAGAUUUUAUCUCAUACAGCUUGUAGAAAUUAUUAGAUAUUUUUGCGGUACUUCCUAGUACCGUAAUAAAUCCUAGUACUGCUCUACUUCUAGUAGCUUCCGUUCCACUUCAUCUUCUUGUCGACAAAAGAAGCUUCUGCUGAUUCAUGGGCUAGUAGUGUUUCUAGUAAAAGUGUAGGAGAACACACUUCAGUAAGAAAAAACACGGAGUAUAUUUUUUCAAAAACAAGUUCAAGUACUUGAAUAGCAUCCACCAGAUUUAUUUUCUGAGACGGUUAAGCGUUGGCGACCACUGGUGACGCCAACCACAGCACCGAAUUGCUAGUAGAAAAUUUUCUUGUGAAAGUACAACAGUCUGUAAUAAAAACUACCUCCAGCCUAUAGUAAUCACAAUCACAGAAUCUUCGAUCGACUCAUAGUUAGUUUCAAAGAAGUCAUAUUAACCAACGGGUUGUUUUUUCAGAACACCAGCGCGGCGAGAGAAGUAGAAGGAAAAGUUGUUUCUCCUUUUCUCGCAAAAGCGGUACUUACUACCAAGAGCAGACCCAACUCGUCAACGCGGCCCAUCAUGAACCGCGUUUUCGAGUAUUUUACCGGUCAAGCGACGGCCGGAGCGACGGACGAGGGGAGAACAGCAACGCUGGAUAGCUUCGAGGAGGCAGCGGAACCAAUGAGCAUGCAUUCCAAUAGUUCCACUUCGAAGUUGGGCGCUGCUAGUAGUACCAAAACAAUCACCGAUCAUGGGGAGCAGGGCGUGGUCAUGCCGUUUGAGGGCGCCGGCACCGGGGUUCCUCGCGGAGGCAACUAUAAUGAUCACGCCGCCGGGACUACUACUACAUCAAGUUGUACCACUUCCAGCUGUGCUGGUGCUGGCAUUAGUAUGAUGCACAACACUGCUAAUGCAAAGAACGCCAAUUAUUAUGCGAACCCCACCCCCACCAAGACGCCGCCUACGCGCCGCAUGCUAGACCGGGAAGAUGUAGAUGGCGUCGAACACACGGCUACCACUGGUCAACGCCGUUUUAGACUAAGAUAGAAUAGUGAUUUGUGAUUCCGCUUUUUUAAAAAUUGAAUAGUAAAAUGUGACAAAAAUUGAGGAAUACAUUUUCGAUGAUGGAUCAAGAAGUAGAGCAGCUGGUCCACGCAUGAAGUACUCCAAGAAACUAAAUAAACGCCCCUGAACGAAAUAACCUAUGGCCAGCAAAGCUUAGACGUUUUAUGCCGUGCGUGUCGCUCCAUGCGGAUGAGCAUGAGUGGCGUGGCGCCGGCCAGGUGGCAGCGGUGAAAAUCCUUCCAGACGACCGUCUUGGGCGAUUGGGCCUUGAGUAAGCGACCCCCUUCUGUCUCGCGCACCACCAGAAUGCGCGUUGCGCCUCUUCCCCGGAUCGCGUCGCUGCUCGUUGCGCGCUAGCAUUGCGCAACAGAAAGCCAGGAGAGUCUGGCACACCAAAAUCGUUCCGAGCCACUGGCUCAAGCUGUGCUGCGCAGGAGGGGCGGCGGCUGUAAGUCGCCUGAGUGCUUAGGGCCAUUGGGGCCGAAGUCGCAUCCUGCUCUGCGGGGGUGAAGGGAUCAGUGUAGAGGCGUGCAGCGCAGGCGGGCGCAGUGUCAAGUAAAGGCAAUCGCUUCUCCUUGUGUGUAGGAGUUGGUGGGGAAGGCGGAGGAAAAGGCGGGUAGGAAGUAGCGGCUUCGCCGAGGACGCGCACUUUUUGACUAGGUGGCGACGGCGAGGAUGCGUGACGGUGGUGUUGGUGCUACGCCUUUGCUUUGGUAGGGUAAUAGCAUAGAGCAGGCGAGAAAGAGGGCGAGAUGAUGGCAAAACUGAUUUGCAGUGCGUGGGUCUUUUAGAGGUUACACGCAUCACGCGAGAUAUCGCUCAGCCUCUUGCACUUGCUUCUCGUCGUUCUACAGCGUUGGCAUUUUUGCAACGGUUGCACUUGUCCUGUGCGAACAUACACCGCAUGCGCAUCGCCAUAAAGGAGAAGGGCAGGAUCUGGGUGGAGAGUGGUGCGGCCCUCUUUUCCGGCAUGCCAGCCCAGCUAGCAUUCCCUCGGGGUGAUGACUGCGGCGCACCAAAAAAAAAACGGCGCGGCCUCUUGAGAACCCGAGCAAUUUUUGCCGGGAAUCAAGUAGACGCAGACACCGAAAAAAGGGCCGCACUCCGGCCGUGCCCCGGCACGUGGUAAAGCCACCCAGAUAGUGCUUGGGGCCGCGCCCUUUCGAAAAAGUUCAGGGCGUUUCUUCGUUUCUGAGCUUUUUCCAGUUCCGGCGCCAGAAUUGAUAAAAGCCCAGCCUCCCGAACUUUUUCCAAAGCCGGCCCCUUAGGAAAUCUUUAGGAGCCGGUCUUGGUUGAAGUCAAGGACCGCAGACUUUCGUCAGUUCCGGAGCCGGAAUCCGAAAAAGUUCAGAAUCGAGAUUUGGCCCUGAACUUUUUCCAGAAUGCCUUUCGCGAAUUCCGUCGUCGGAAUUCGAAAAAGUUCGGGGGCCGAACUUUUUCCGGUUCCGGCUUCGGAAUUCCGGACAUGUGCCGGCCUCUCGGAUCAGUUCGGGAGUUCCGGCCAUGUGCCUCUUCGGAAUUCCGGACAUGUUCGGGAGCGUGUGCCGGCCUCUCGGAUCAGCUCACGCGCUGCGUGCUUCCGGCGUGCCUUUUUUUUUCUUUCUUGCCCACGGGGGCCUGGUGGGCAACUCGCGGGGGAGACCGUGCAGAAGCGGACCUGUUGCGCUUCACCCAUGCGUUGCCUGCUUGUUUCCGCGGCGCGCGGGCGUUUGAGCCGGGUUUGGUAUCCUGGCGGGCACAAGGGGGGGCCUGCCCGUCUUCGUGCCGUGCCUCGUUUUCGGCCCGGGCCCGAGACAGCUGCGUGCGGCGCAGCUGUGGCUACAGCUUUUAUGGAUCAAGAAGUAGAGCAGCUGGUCCACGCAUGAAGUAGCAUGAAGUAUUUUCCUUCUAUGCUGCUGCAUAACGGCACGUGCGGCAAUACAACUUCAAUAGAAGGGUCCUGAAUAGAAUUGUUCCAUACAUGGUAAUAUACACCCACUUCGAUGUAGUUCUUAUUGGAGGAUGGUCUGUGGUCGGAAGAAUGUAGGUAUUCUAUGCCAAACCAAAAUAAAAAAAACACAGCCAACACCAGCGGGCACUCGGGCGCGCAGCUAACCGCGACGCCGCGCUCCGGUGAUUUGCGGACAACUACCCAUAGCACCGGCACUUCGACCAGGCUCGAAGCACAACUAGAUGGGCCGGACCAUUACGCGAAUUGCACUCCGAUUUUGGUCGAUCAGCAGGUCACGGCCAACAUGAGCCAGCACGGGGCGAUGAAUGUUUGUGGAGGUGAGCGAGGUGGUACUUCCAAUGCUGCUAUGAAUGGGGCGGCCAACCCGCCGCCGGGGAUCCGUCUCUCCGGGCGCGUUUCAUCUUCGACCUCUGGCUCUAAACACGCCGCCGCUGCUUGUACGACAGGUGCGGGAAAUGCUCGCUCGUCAGAGCAAUCUUUGUCCACGAUUAGUACGGGCAUUAUGAAUAAUCCGCGGGAGUCCAUCACCUCUGGUGUGCAGCACAACGGCCCUACAAAUUACGCGGCUGGUUCUACUUUGUCGUCCGCCCGCGAGUCAAUGAUCGUGAUCGAGACCACAACCCGGCAGUACACCAACAUGACCACGCGGAGCAGCACACUGGAACAAGGUACGAUUUUUAUGACUACGUCACCAGUCGUGUGCUGCGAAAUAAUUUUCAAAUACAAGUACCACGGACGUGAAAGAUGAAAAAUCACAAAGAUUUAUGUUGUCGACGUUUCAGAAAAAUAAAAAUGUUCAACAGGAGAUGACGGGACUUUCUUUGCCGGAUCGGUGGGUGGUACUACAAGCGCACCCAGCGGCGCACAGCAACAGCAGGAGCAAUCCCUGCAAUCCCCCCGCAGCAGUUCUGCCCGUGCCGGCGGCGCGGUGCAAGUGGCACUGAACGGUGGAUUUUCUUCGACAGCACUGCAGCCUUCAGGACCACGGGAAGUAGUAGAAGGAAGUAAAGUUGUAUCCUCUUAUGCGCAAAAUACUAAACAAGCUGAGUUUGUUGAUGCCGUUACCGUCCUACCGGAGGUAGUGCAACUGCAGCUGCAACCGAACCCGUCUGAGCCCUCUUCCGCCGCGCAGAGCACGCUGCCGCUGAACAGCCCAAACCAGGAUCUGAUGAUGCUGUCAGAAAAUGAGGCGAAUGAGAUGAAUGCCCAUUUCAAAAAUAGUGGCAACUUGAGAGUGGUCUCCGUCGGAAAUAACAGCAAAAGCCAUCAUCUUCUCGAGAGAACACCGACGCACCAAGGAGGUGGCAGCGCAGGGGCUGGCGCUACGAGCGGUGGGACGACUUCGUCUAUGGUUCUGCCCGUUGGGGAGGAUCUGGAGAAGGCGGGGUGGGACGGAUGGGUUGAUCCCAACCGCAAGCGCAUUCCGGUCACCUGUCGACACUGGUAUAAAUCAGAAAUAAACGACUCAUAGAUGUAUUUGAAUUUGGUCUUGGCGAGGGCUUGAAAGCGACUUGUUUCUACUAACUUGUGCACGUCAAACUACAAACAUCAAAUCUACUACAAUUACUUUCAACAUGACUCUGGUACAACACAACCAGGCGUCAAGGCCGCUGUAACGUGAUUCAGUGCCGGUUUUUGCAUGAGGAGGUUCCGGAUCCCCGGGAGGUCCAGCGCCAAGCGGAACUGGAGGAGAUGUACAACAAGCCCGCCAUACGCGUUGCAAAAGUAUCGCACCCGUAGUUCUUGUAAUUGCAAUCACGCAGCAGCAUCAUGAGAAAUAUCGAUUCUUGCUUCUAGUACCACAGAUUCCGCAAGGGUUUUUAGCUGAUUAAGUAAUAGCUGUAAGUUUAGCUUUUUACUUAAUCGUGUUAGUAUCACAUCUCUGAGGUCAGGGUUUUAGGAUUUAGGGUUUCAUUCUUUUGCGAUCGAAAGAAAUUGUGUCAUGCAAAAAUUUGUGCUUGGGCUAGUGCGAUGCUUUUGCAAUGCAUACACCACGGCGCAGUCCUACCCGCGUCCGCCGACGCCACGGGUUUUGCCGCCCCCGAAGGUGAACAACCCACCCGCGCCGGUGCCGCCGGUCCCGGCGCCGGCGCCCUGGGGGGCAGGGGGAAACGUGGGAAGACCGACGCUGUCCAGGCCGGACUCGCAAACGGUAAUUAUAUGACUCUCCUGGAAUGACGUAGAUCUCUGUGACGCAGAUGAAUUCCAGUUCGCACAUGAUAAGUACUUCCUGUAUGACCGGUGCAUGCUCCUCUUCAAGUAGGUACAACUACCCACGAUCGUGAUGCGUUUUGAUGUUAAAAAAAAAUGACUCGUCCAGGUUUGCCGCCACUGGCUGCAGAACCGCUGCAACGUGCCGCAGUGCCGCUUCUUGCACUCGGAUUUCCGGUAUGAAGACUGCUACACCGAUCCCAACAAUUCGUACCGGGAGCCAAUUUCGCGGAAUCAGCGGGACGACAGAUUCAUCGACUCCUCGCCCGAUCGAGACGAUUACUACUCCUACUGCAGGUACAGUACAACGUAAUUGAAGAUUUGAUUAUUGGAGUGACAACAUCACUGGCGGAAAACAAAGCGAGUCGUUUCCACCGGCUGGAACUUCGUAAUCGUCAUGCGAGUCGUUUCGCAUCCAAUCUACAGAAGCCGAGUCGUGCAGCCGCUCUAUAAAAUUCCACAAAAAUAUUGCAGCAAGAACCUUGUUUAAAAGUGAAGCUCUACUUACACUCGUCUUGCUGCAAAAUGUUUUAAUUAAAAACGACCCCCAAAAAUCAUAAAAACCAGGGAAGCACCCUCGGCAGGAGGUCCCUCAGUGGUCCCCGCGCCAGCAGGUCCGGGAAGUAGUUCCUCCUCCACCUCCCAGGCCGCGGUUCCCCCGGUUCCGCCUCCGGCUCCGGCGCGCGUGUCCCCGCUGCCCCUGCCCGUGCCGCACCCGAGCCAGCAACAGCAGCCGCAGGGUGUGGUGCCGUUUUCGGACAUUGACGGCGAGGACGUGAACGUUUGCCGGCACUUUCUCCGGGGCCGCUGCAACGUGCCGCAGUGCCGGUUCCCGCACAUCAUGCCGGACGAUUUGCCGGCGUACAAACGCGCGCUGCAGGAAAACCGGGAGUUCGUGAAGUCGCAGUUCGAUCACCGCGCGAAAACCUCGGUCGUCAGCACCUCGGUGCCGCCCGUGCCUAGCCCCGCCGGGCAGACGCAGAUCAGCGACGGCGCCGCCUCGACGCACAGUCCCGGCUUGGCGGGGUCGUCCUCUGCCGGCGGCGCGCCGGGGUUGCAAGUUAGUGGCGGUGCUGGAACUUCUGGGAUGUUGAUGAAUAGCAAUAGCACUACCUCUCCGAACGGUACAACUACGAGCGUGCAGCCGGCGGGAGGACACCAGCAGCUGCUGCACCAGAGCCAAAGCCAGUCAUUGAACGCGAGCUCCAGCAGUGCAACUACAUCGGUUAAUACGACAUCUGUGGAUCAUCACCUCCAGCAGCCUAUGCAACCGCAGCACGAUGCCAUUUCGACGAACUCGACCCUUCAGAGUCCGGAUUUGAGCACUGCCACGGCCAUUCCAGGGGGCGGCAACCGCGGCGCGGCGAAUGGUGGAGCAGGAGGAGCUUCUUUGACGAAUAGCACGACGAAUUCCACCCAACAACAAGGUCAACAUGGUCUCCAGCAACAGCCUGCGAGUCGUACAACGACCUCAACUUCGAACGUGCUCCCCCCACCGCAGCCGCCGAUCUUGCAGACCAAGGUGCAGAACGCGCAGCAGCAGAUGCAGCACGAGAGUACAAUUUCUAACGCGUACAACUUGAACGGCAGUAGUACUUCAGUCGGAGGACACCACCAGCACCAGCAACACCUGCAUCAUCAAACGACCCGCGCUUCGAUUUCGUCCUCCACAACCUCCAACGUGCUGCCGCCACCGGCCCCCGCCCCGCUGCAGGUGCCUGGUGCUGGAGGAGGCCACCACAAUCAGUACCCACCGAUGACCGCCGCUCCUUCCGGGGUUUCGGAGUACCCGUCCGGUGUGUACCCGGUGCCUGGGCAGCCGAUGUCAGGGUACGCGACCAUGGCCAGUGUGGCAACCAACCCGGGAAUGUAUGGAGGUACUUUGGGUACUGUUUUGUUACAUAGUACAUGCAGCAGCUGUUCUUGUAUGGCACAUAGAGAUGGAGUCACCUGCUUACUUCUACUCAAUUUGACGACAUUAUCGUGUGCUUGUGAUGCUUGUCAUGCAACAGGAUAGGAUUAUGGAAAUCUGGAUUUUUGCCGAAUUUGAGCUCGAACGUGCAUACAAAAAUAAAAACAUUCGCCUGCUAUUAAACACCACCAUUCAGCCGACCCCAACCUGGACCAAUCGGGCUACUACCACGCCGCCGCGGCUGCCGCUCCGCCACCCGGUUACCAUCUGGGCAUGAAUCCGUCGGCCUACGGUGCAGCCGCGGCUACUCAGUACUUAAACAUGUUAGCUAGUAACCAUGCAUACUUGAAUGCCAUGAUGGUGCCAGUCUUGGUGCCCACAAAUAAGACUGGUAGUAGUAAUGCUCGGAGUAGAGGGGCAAACGCAAAUGGAACAAAUGCAAAUCUUGCCUCGUCGGGCAGCGCUUUGGAGGAUGUCGACCUUUCCCUUGUUUCAUCGUCCGCUGGAGGGCGCAACCGGGUUGGAAGCCGGGCCACGGCCGGGAGCAGUGGAAUUACGAACAAACACAAGAAACAAGCCGUGCUGCACCAGAAAGGGACACACAGUGUAAUAUCCGUGAAGGGCAACAGCACUUCUAAAACGUCCUCGGCACAUCAUCAACCGACUUCUUCUUCUUCCACGACACGGGGUAGUUCAUCUCGUGGUGGUGUUUCUACUCCUGCUGGUAUGGUUCAUCCUCCCACCGCCUCAACAAACUCUGCGGCGGCAGCGGCGGUGGCGAAUGAUUUGAUGAAGCAAAUACAAAUGCAGCACCAGCAAGCUGCUGCGUUGGUCGCCGCCCAAGCCGCAGACCCACGGCUGCAGCAGCUGCAGCAACAAGCCUUAGCCGCGCAACACCUCGUGCACCGCCAGCAGCAACAGCAGCAUAGCAUUACGGUCAAGCACAAGAAGAGCGGGUCUGGUUCCGGCGUCGCAGCGACUUAUGCUCAGGGCGGCCCCUUCUCCGCCGGCGGUGGAGCAGCUUCGACAACAAGUACUAUGAUGCAGCACCUCCAGACGGCGGGCAAGGGCAACAAGGCCGGCGCACAACAAGUAGUCACGAAGAGCUAUAGCUACAGCACGGCGUCAACGCGGGCCGCCACGAAUUCGAAUUUGAGUUUGGGAGGUUCACUAGUGCCGCCGGCUUGUUCUUACAACAUCGGGAGUACAACUAGCGGAACGACGACCAACGCCACUAUUCCUUCGCAACUACACUUCGACCACCUGAUGAGCGGAGUAGGAGCUGGUGGUCCUGCUAUAACUAGUCCACAGCUCUUCCCCGGCAGUGGCUCUAGACCUGCUCCAGCUGGUUAUGCAUCUGGGGGUCAUGUUGAAUCCGGUUCCGAUAUGAACACCAUGAAGGUAAAAAAAGGAAGCAGGAUGAACGUUUGGACCAAGGCCGCGACGCAACAUGUUGCAAAAAGUAUCGAUACGGAGUUGCUGUACUACGGAGAUGAAAUGAAGAAGAGGAUGGGUACUACUAGUAAACAGGUACGUACAACGCAACAGCAUGAUCCAUCGCACGACGCCACGAUGGUGGAUACAACAGCAUCCGUCGCUCGCGAUGACCACGCGCGUGCGGUCGCAAUACCCCCGCCGCCGCCUCCGCCUCCUUCCAAGGUGCCGCCGCCGCCUCCAAAGCCCGCGGCGUUGAAUCGAACCGCGUCUAGUUGUAGUACUGCUCCGGCGCACAAGAACUACAAGCCGCCGCCCUUCACGGCGCCGCCCCACCAGCCCGUGUCGGUCAUAACUCAGGAGCAGGCGAUGAGCAUUUACAGCCAAAUCGCACAGGAUCAGCUCGAAUCCUCUACUGCGGAGUACAACAACGUGUUACAAUCUUCUAUUUCGCAAUACAAGGACGCGAUAGAGUCUUCUAGUUCUACAACUGUGCACCAGUUGUAUAAUGAUAUAGAAGAUUCGCAUGGACCAGCACAUCAUGGAGCUGGAGGUGGUGUUUUUGGCGAGAAGAUCAAAUCAACAACCGCGAUGUUGUACGAGGAACUACCCGAUGAACAAUAUGUCUACAGCAAGGAACAGCAGGAACUCUUCGCCCAGCUGGGAAUGAGCCUGAUGAGCGCCAGUUCGCAACCGGGUCGUGCAGGAGCACCAGUUCAUCAAUCCGGCGGGGGCAUGCAAAUGCAAUUGAACAGUACCUGCUCUACUUCCACUGCUGGCAACAACUACCUGGACUUCGCGUCUCGGCCCUACCGAACGUUUUCAGAAGAAAACAGAGCGGAUGAAUUUGCUGAGUACGAGGAGAUUCUCAACGCUGCUCAGCACGCGGCCGUGCAGGACGGGAGCCUUGUUGUCGAUGCCCGAGGAAGGUUCGUUUCCUGCGCAUCGGCGAGUCAGAGUGGUUCUUGCGCAACGGCACCAAACGUAGCUGCGCCGGGUCGUGGAAAGAUUGACAAUAGCAACAACUACAGCAUGACAACGGCCUCCUGCCCUAAGAAAUUGCAGGAUCUGCAGCAGGCGCUCGACGAAAUUGUCGUCACGAAAAAUAGUUGUAAGCAGGAGAACGACAAUAAAAGUUAUCGAGGUCGUUGUAGUACUUCUACUAGCGUCGAGAAGAAGUUGUUCGUCGGAAAUAAAAAUAAUUUCAACUCGUCCCCACCAGAGCAGCAAAGGGACAUCAACGCGGACGGUGAGCAUGAUCAGCUGCUUCUCAAUGACUGCGACAAGAGCACUGUGGCGGCCACUCCUCUGGGAGGCAGUUGUUUUCUCGAAGAACGGGAGUCGUGCGAAGAUGUUGGGGACGUAAAAAAUCGCCGCGGGUCGCUCGAAGAUGUUGAUCGUGCGCUUUUUAGCCAGGAAGAUGAUUACAACAGUGCGGCAGUUCUUGUCACAACAACCACUCCUGCGGAAGAUCAUGUUGUGAAGCAGGUGUCCUGCGGGGAGGUGGGUGGUGUCAACAAGAACACGACCGCCCAGGAGGACGACAAGAACACCAACAUUAGUAGUUGUAGUAAAGUCCUCUCCGAAACGUCCGAAACCAAAAGUUGUGUAGCAGGACGACCUUCUACUUGUGCAGUAGGUGGAAAUUAUAGGAAAGAGUGUGUAGAAGUAGUAGUAGAUGAAAAUAACAACGGAGCAAGAAAGAGAAGUUUUGCCAAGCACACGGCCACCGCCGAGACAGAACCAGUAAUCCCUUCUGUGUCCGGCUGUGUGCUUGAGAAAAAAGAUACUGACUCGAGGAGAACCAGUAGUGAAGUGGACAAUUAUUCGAAUCAUGUAACAACGACACACGAGUCCCACGACGAACAGCUUAAGAGUAGCGACUGCGGCACGACAUCCACACACCAAGUGGUAGCUAGGGCCCCGGUCGUCCCUGCAAAGAAGGUCGUGCUCCCUCCUCCGGGCUUGACACUCAGUCCAGUGGCAGCACGGCAUUAGUUUUAAGUUAUAGUGUAAGUGCUUCUAGUAGUGCUCGCAUGAUAGGUAGUCGGGUUAGAAGACUCUAUGAGCCUCUAGCGGCCGCGUACCACUUCUAGCAGCACCUCCCAAGUGUUGCUUGACGAGCGCCGCUCCUCGAUGUCGUGGGCAAGAGGGAUUUAUUAUGAGAAGUUUUCGUACAAGGCCUUGCAGCUAUGUCCUCGGCGACAUUAUCUUCAAGUUGAUGUCGAACAGAGGGCAUGUGCUAAGCGUAGAAGUAGAGUGUAUUUCGAGUCACAACACGUCAAGAGCCAGCAUAUGAUCGAGUACAGCAGGAGGAGAAACAAGUAUAGUGCAGUUUCAUAGUUAGUGGAAAUCGAGGAUAGUAUAGUACUUUUUACGGAUCAAGUUUAUAGUACUAGUAGGGAAAAACGUAAAGUAAAUACGGAAACGCAUCGCCAAACAAGAAAAACUAAUCAAGUCUCGUCAACUGCCUCAGCGCCACGAGUUUAUUCACUCUCGAAUAACAGAGCGGAAUGUAGGACGAUUUUGAAGAUUAUUGACGCCCCGAUAUAAUAAUUCUUCAAAAUUUUCAAAACUUUUUUACAGUAGAAGCUAUUGCACCAAGACGCGCGAUGCGGAUGGUGAAGCAUGAGAGGCCUGCCUUAGGUUUUUUGUCCAGAGGCUUUUCAACAUCUUCACACGGGCUUGGUAAAAAUGGCUUUCAUAUGCAUUUCUUUUGGCCUUCUGCAUUUCAUUGUACAAAUAUUUUUUUUUUACAGUUUGUUUCGUACGCUGACAGACGCUGACCGCGAAGCGUCGUAAGCGUUUUAAUACUUUCGUAGCUUUUUUACCAGAAUGAAAACUUUCUUUUUGUCGAAGGUGGAUCUUCACUUUUAUCUGAAAGUCUUAUUUGGAUUGUAUGAUGCAGCACCACAUUAUUUUUACAGGAGAACUACGCUAUUCUUAUUCAUUUUCAUCACAUAGUGCCAUUUAGCGUUUCCCUCUAUGAGCCCAAGGCAUUUCGUCGGGAUAGCAUGAUGAUAGCAUGAUGUCUGUUGCAAGAAAGCGGAAAUCGAAAUUAAAGUAGAACUACGGCAGAAACUACGUGUAAGCUGAUUUUGGAGAUCACUUUCCUCAGUUUCUGUUUGGUGAGUUGACAGCACGUAGAAGUAUGAUAAACGUCUCACCUAGGGCAGGCAUCGAGGCGUGCACCGCCCUGGGAUUGUUUUGUCGUACUUACUAGCGUGCUUCUGGUGCCCGUGCCCAAGGUAGGACCACUAUGCUUGUAUCAAAUCUUCACAUCAGUCGCGCGAUCAUUCGCACUUUUUUGCAGUCCCACUAUUUGUCACUUUUUUCGCAAAAUGAUAAACCACUGCUAGUACACAGCAAGAGAACUGUAAGCGGCGAUGAAAUAGAUACAACUAGUACCACAAGGUUUCAAGCAGCUGGUGGGGCGAGAGGAGAUGCAAGCUGUCUUCACGCAGCGCUUGGGUCUUUCUUCAUCAAGAGCACCUUGAUGAGUAGAUCGCCUCUACUUAUUGGUUUAGUCGAAAAGUAGAACCGUGCAAGAGGUCAGAUCAUCUGUAUCUCGACACGACUUCGGCUCGUCCAAUCUCGGGCCGCUUUUGCCGUGCGCUAUCAAAAAAGAGUAGGUUUAUUGAUGCCUCCGAGAUCAAGAGAGGCCUCUAGGAUUACGAUUGUUAGAUCUAAACUUCUAGAACAGCAAGGUAGUACAAAUGGGCUAGCAAAAAACUACUGUUGUUUUAUACGAACUACUAAACGAAAUUCAAGCGAGCGAACUGUAUGAUUUUCAUUUUUUAGAAGGUAGCUUCUCAGUCUGGUGCAUGAAGAGGCGGAGAGGCUCCAAGUAAGAAGGACAGUCAGAGUCGUAGAUGCAUGAAAAAGAGGAGUUUCUUUUUCCAUUUUUUGACAGUAGACAGUAGACGUGAAGAGGUAGAGGUACCAUGGGUAAUAUCUUUACUUCUUGUGAUCUUUUUUUCUAGUGGAGAAGGAGAUCGUAAUUUCAACGGCGUGCGAGUAGUCAGAAGUAUCUAUUCAGCGGGACAAUUAUAUACGAGAAAAAAGCAACAAGGGCGAAGUGAAAUAACUCUUCACCAAGAUCAGGAUCAUGCGCUCUGCAACGUUUUGCUUUUGGAAGUUUAACGCUAUGUAGUAGAUUCUUUUUGCGCCGUGGGAAAUUAAUAGACUUCACUAGCAAAUCAUGCGACUCUUGCCCGCACCCACAGGAC